GACCGAUCGCCAAGUUUUACAAUUUACACUUUUAAACUAACUACUAAAAAGUGUACCAUCUUCCGUAUUAUCGUAAAUAGUUUUUGGUGUACCCCAAUUUGCUAAUCUGGGAUGAGAUGCUCAUGAUUAAUCUGGUUAUAAUAAAUUAUUUAUUAAACAAUAUACAUGAUUAUCAUAUUAUGAUAUCGAGUGGCACGUGCAUAAAAUAAUGGGCCAUAUGCCCAUAUAGUUAUAUUGAAUAAUUGUGAUUAAUUAGAAAAAUAAAAAUGUUUAAAGAAUAUUUUAAGUUUUAUAAGCGAAUGAAUACUCUUGAUCAAAAUUCUGAUAUAAUCGAUUUUUCGAAUGUAGUGAAUACCGAAUUAAUAGUAAGUUGUUAAUUGCACAAAACAUAAGUACCUAAUUUUGAAAACAUGGUACCUAUAGUAUUAAUAUAAAUUGAUCUAUUUUAUUUAUUUAAGAAACCUAAAGAAUUAAAAUAUCUAACCUACAAUAAAGAAAAACUUGAUGAUCUUGGGUUGAAAAGAGAUUUAUCAGAUUGGAAUUGUUAUGAAAUUUUAAAUAUACCAGGUAAGAUAUAAAAAACCUAAUUAAAUUUGAAAAAUUAUUGUUUACAUUAUUUUAUAUAUUUAUAUACUCAGGUUUAAUAUUUAUUAAAAAUCCAUUCACACCAGUUGGACAAAAAUAUUGGAUAAAAAGAUGCAUUGUAGAUUACACUAAGAAACCAAAUCGUUUAAAUAUUGAUAACCACCAUUUUUUUCAACCUGGUGAAGACUGGUGGACUACAGUAAAUAAGUUAGCUGUAAAUUAAAUAUAACAUACAAUAAAUAAUUACUUUUGUAAUAUUAAUAACAAAACACUUUAGUUUUAAAAUAUUUUUAUUUGCGAGUACAUAAUUAAGUAUUUUAAAUUUGAAUAUAUUAGUUAGCUUCCUGUAUAUAAAUAUGUUAUAUCCUUGCAGAACUUUGUAUAAAUUCAAUUACUUGCUAGCUUAAUUUAUUUAAAAUCAAUAUUACCUGAAAUAUAACUAUAACUUAUAAUAUUGAUUUUUAAAGUAGAAUUUUAGAUUUAUCUUUAAAUUUGAGUUCAUAUAAUAUUAUUGUGUUUUUUAGGACAAAUAAUGUCAAACUUAGAGAUCAAUUACGAUGGGCUACACUUGGAUAUCACCACGACUGGGAUACAAAGGUUUACACAGAAUAAAUUUACCUUUUGCUGUUUGAAUUCUACAUAUAUAAAAAAUUAAAAAUAUUGAUUGAAUAAUUAAUAUUUUUGUUUUAAAUUUUUAUUUAUUCUACUUUUGAUUUUUAAUUUUUUUAAUGAUGCUUAUGAUCAUAUAAAUUAUUAAUUUAUAUUAGUUUUAUUAAAGUGGUGGAUGAAAUAAUAGUUUUCACUUAAAUGUUCUGUCAGGUGUAUUCUGAAUCAGCCAAAGAUGAAUUUCCAACAGAUUUAUCUGACCUUAGUAAAUUUAUUACUAAAUGGUUACAAUUCCCCAAUGAAUUUAUGGCAGAAGCAGCUAUUGUAAACUUCUAUCAUCCAUCAUCAACACUGUCUGGACACAUUGAUCAUUCAGAGUAUAAUCUCAGUGCUCCAUUAUUGUCAAUAAGGUAAAACAAAAGAUUAAACUAUUGUUCGAAUUAUUAUUAUAAUAAUAAUAAUAUUAAUGUAAUGUUAUACUUAUUGUACUUUAAAGUUUUGGUUUGAGUGCCAUAUUUCUGAUUGGAGGACACUCAUUAGAUGAUAAGCCAACUGCUGUACUUCUAAGAUCUGGAGAUAUUAUCAUUAUGAGCAAAGAAAGCCGGUUAUGCUACCACGGUGUUCCAAAAGUUUUAUCACCUAAAAAUGAUCAAGAUUACAAUUAUGACAAUGAAUGGGAAGAAUCGUUUAAGAAAUACAUGCAAGUUACAAGAAUUAAUAUAAAUGUUAGGCAAGUAAAUAAUGUUGGCAAUGAUUAAUUAAAAAUAUAUUCAUUCAUUGCUAUAAUUAAAUAAAGUAUAAUUAUUUUUAAUGUUAUGCAUAAUUUUAUUGAUUGUAUUUAGAAAAUAAAGCCCAG